AUGUUGAAGGCGGUAUUUUUAAGCGUUCUUUUUGCCAGAUUCUUCACCAAUUCCAGAGCUGCUGCAGACCUAUCCCCCAUCCUUAGAAACCUGAACGAGCGCAAGGAUCUGGAGCUGAUCCUCGUCGACCUGCUCAACGGACUGUCUCGCCAAGAGGACAUAACUUGCGUAGCCAUCAUUUGUGAUGUGGUCUACCUGAACGUGUUUGAAGGCAGCCUGUUUAGGCGGACUGCGGCUGUGCCGUAUGUUAUGAUCGUCGUAGAAGAAUACGAAGAUCUGCUCUCUCCUAAUUUCGACACGCUGGAAUCUCUGAGAGAAACAAGGAAAGAUGGCUGCAAUAUCUACGUUAUUCUACUUGCUAAUGGUAUUCAGACGUCGCGGCUGCUUCGCUUUGGUGAUAGGUAUCGAAUCCUAGACACCAGAGCAAAAUACAUUAUGCUCCACGACUACAGACUCUUCCACAGCGAUCUCCACUACCUCUGGAAGCGUAUCAUCAACGUGAUCUUCCUUCGUUACCACAGCAAAAUCAACGGGGUCUUAAAAAGCAAGGCUUGGUUUGACCUCUCCACUGUACCAUUCCCGAACCCCAUCAAAAACGUGUUUGUGUCCCGAAGGGUUGAUAUUUGGAAUAACGGAAGAUUCCACUACAAUAGGACCUUAUUUGCCGACAAGACCAGCAAUUUGAACAAUGAGACUUUGUAUGUAGUCUAUUUGGAUCAUGUCCCGUCGGUGGUCGUAACCAAAACUAAUGACACCAACAAAGUCGGUGGCGUGGAGAUUGAAAUUCUCAACACACUCGCAAAACAAAUGAACUUCCAGCCCAAGUUGUAUGAACCACAGAAUGCCGAUCUACACAAAUGGGGAGAAAUACAACCCAAUGGGACUUUCUCAGGCCUUUUAGGUGAAAUGGUCAGCGGAAAAGCUGACUUGGCCCUGGGGAAUCUUCAGUACAGCCCGUAUCACCUGGAAUUGACCGACCUGAGUAUCCCAUACACUUCGCAAUGUUUUACGUUUAUAACGCCAGAGGCUUUGAGCGACAACUCGUGGAAAACUUUGAUAUUGCCUUUCAAGUUGAAUAUGUGGAUCGCGGUGUUGGUGGUUCUGCUGAUAUCAGGAAGUAUCUUCUAUGGGUUAGCAAGACAUUACAUGAACUUACAGGAAUACAUAAAGACACAUGAAAGUAGGAACACAAAUGAAAAACAACUGGAUACCGCCGAGAAGCCGGUCGGCCUGUAUUUGUUUGGCGAAAUAAUAAACAGCAUUCUUUACACAUACGCCAUGUUGCUCGUCGUUUCGCUACCCAAACUGCCCACCGGUUGGUCUAUAAGACUACUAACCGGUUGGUACUGGUUGUAUUGCGUGCUUCUAGUGGUCUCUUACAGAGCUAGUAUGACGGCUAUACUAGCUAACCCCGCGCCUAGGGUCACGAUAGACACCUUGAAGGAACUAGUCGAAAGCAAAAUAGCCUGUGGAGGCUGGGGCAUGGAAACAAAGAAAUUCUUUCAAGAAUCAUCUGAUGAUAUUCAAACUAUAGGACAACGAUUUGAAACGAUUAAUGACCCUUUCGUAGCUGCAAAUAAAGUCGCAAAAGGCGUGUACGCUUAUUACGACAACGAGAACUUCUUGAAGUAUAUUAGAGUGAAGAGAAAGAACAUAGAUAUGAAUAUACAGUCGGACAUGGUCAAUGCAACUUCAAAUACAACUGACGUCUUUGUUGGAGAGAUGGAAAGAAAUCUGCAUAUUAUGUCAGAUUGUGUUGUAAAUACACCAAUAUCUAUAGGUUUCCAUAAGAAUUCACCCUUGAAACCACUCGCCGAUAUCUAUUUGAGGAGAAUAGUGGAAGUAGGUCUAGUAGAAAAAUGGUUGAAUGAUGCCAUGCACCCAAUUAAGUCCUUGGAAACAAAUGAAGAUGAAGUUAAGGCUUUGAUGAAUUUGAAAAAACUUUAUGGUGCUUUCAUUGCAUUGGCUAUAGGAUAUUCUAUUAGCACCAUCGGUUUGAUUGGAGAACUCAUUCAUUGGCAUCUAAUUGUAAAAAGAGAUCCAAAAUUUGAUAAAUAUGCAAUACAUUUGUACUACAUGAACAAAAAUAAAAAACAAUGAUUGCACCAUAGAAACAA